GACAGCUGCCUCAUUUAGAGACACUUCAGAGUCCACAUACUGACAGGAUCAAACCAAGAGGAGGACACCCUCACACCUGAUGAGGUAUUCAAACAGAGACACAGCCCUCUUCCACACAGAGGGUUUGGCUGUCAUUCCUGGGUCUGCAUGUGACGAGCGCUUCAGCUCCUGUCACCUGAUGGAGAAGUAAACUUGAAGCGGAGAAAGGGAGCUGUGUAUGGCAGAAGACAACUGUGCUGCGUCUGCGCUGCGUCUGUGCUGGAUUCACACGGCGAUGUGUGAUUGUUUGCUGAUCUUUCAGGCAACAGCUUUAUUGGUGAAUAAUCUGCUGCUCUGGUGACUGUUUCCCAGCAGACCUCGUGGCUCCCAUGCAUUGCUGAAAGGGGAAAACCUAGGAUGGAUGAACCACCCCGUGCAGCUCUGAGGCAUCACAGUUCCACAACUUCACUCUUCUCGGCACCUCUGCACACACUGACACAACCAGCUGCUUCAAAGCCACUGCUGACCUCAACACAGACACGGGCUGACGAGCUUUCAGAAUGUUGUUAAGAUUCCGUCGCAUACGCCGAUGCCAGUUUCUACAGCUGAUGACCACCUGCCUGGUGCUGUCCGUGGUGAUGGUUUGCUGGGAGCAGCUGAACACAAAUGUCGUCAGCCACAUCAAGUCCUACUCCUAUCGCUACCUAAUCAACCAGUUUAUGGACAUCAACAAGAGCUUCACCAUCCCACGUGAGGAGGCGAGAAGGUUCAGCGACUUCCACUACCUGCUGGACCACCCGGAUAAGUGCGCUGGACAGGACGUCCUCCUCCUCCUCUUUGUCAAAUCGUCCCCAAAUAACAUUGAGAGACGACAUGCCAUCAGAUCUACCUGGGGGAAUGAGGCCUACAUCCAGAAAAGUCUUGGAGUGACAGUCAAGGUGUUGUUUGCCUUAGGAGCCCCUUUCACAAACAAGGACAAGCCAAUGUGGAGUGACAGGAGUGAGUUGGGCUUUCAAAAGCAGCUCAUCUUCGAGGACCAGCUCUAUGGGGAUAUAAUUCAACAGGACUUCUUAGACACUUUUCACAACCUGACCCUGAAGCUGAUCAUGCAGUUCCACUGGAUGCACAGCCGCUGCGCACACGCCCGCUUCCUCAUGACGGCCGAUGACGACAUCUUUGUCCACAUGCCCAACCUGGUGAGCUACCUGCAGGACGUGAGCAGCAGGGGUGUCACACAAUUCUGGAUUGGCCGAGUGCACAGAGGGGCCCCGCCCAUCCGUAGUAAAGACAGCAAGUACUACAUGUCCUUUGAUAUGUACCGCUGGAUAUCGUACCCUGACUAUACGGCGGGGGCCGGGUAUGUUAUCUCCAGCGACGUAGCGGACAAAGUCUAUCAAGCCACUUUGACCAUGAACGCCUCUCUUUACAUAGAUGAUGUGUUCAUGGGCAUUUGUGCCAACGCCAUUGGUGUCACGCCGCAGGAUCAUUUCUUUUUCUCAGGAGAGGGCAAAGCACUUUACCACCCGUGCAUCUAUGACAAGAUGAUGACCUCACAUGGUCACGUGGAGGAUAUCCAUGGCUUGUGGAAGGCGGCAACACACCCGCAGGUCAAAAAGGGGAGCUCUGGAGUCUUUGGCAGGCUGUAUUGCACAGCCGUGAAAAUGGCUCUUCUUUGUAAACCUUACUAUCUCAACACUUACCCCUGCAAAGCAGCCUUUUUGUAGAUUAUUCAGGUUUGGAUGUUCGUCAGUACGUGCUAUAGAGAAACUUUGGACCAGUGCUGCAAUUAUUACCUCAGUCGUUUCAGCUGGACACCCAUGUCUGUCAAAAGACCGCCAUGUGGUCCGAGUUGCAGGAAGCGAAGAGAUUGCAUGAUGCAUCUUUUGGCGCUUUUCCUCUACAUAGUCCUGAAACGACAGGGCACGACGCGGUUUGGUUCAAUUUCCAUUACUAUAGUACCUCCUCAACGUGGGCGGGGUCAUCACUGCACGGCUGCAUGAAACCGCUGUGACUGCCUUUUACACGCGACACACACCCACUAGUGACUUGUAAAGCAGGUUCUUGGUGCACUGAAUCAUUCAGUUAAUUAAGAAGAUUGGUUCACAGAAUCGUCCAGUACUUCCUGCAUGACCGGAGCACAGACUCCGUGUGACUCAGUCACUGAACUGAAAUACUCUGACGACACUCUGAUGGAUCAGUGGCAGUCUGUCAACAUUUAGUAUCGGCUCGCCUCAUCAGAGCAGGUACUGUUGCUAAUGGAAAAGCAGCGGUCAAGCUGUGCCGGGACUAUGUCGUGGAAAAGCGCCACAUGUCACAGAAUGAGAUCACCGACCUAUCGAUGACCUCUUGUUAUUUGGAGUGAACAUAUAGAAUGUGCUGAAAUAGGUUUUAACCCAAGGCCUCAUUUACAUAUUUAAUAAACUUUCGAGUGAAUUUAUUAUGCUGUUAAAAGCCCGUUUAACACCUGGUGGCCCUGUAAGAAGGGCCGACUGAAAAUUGUGCAAUGAUGAGUAACAACGUGUGUGUGGGCUGUGAAUGAAUAGAACACUCAGGAAACAGACUCUGAUUUCAUGGGUUUUACUGCAUAACUCUACUUAAUUUAAUCAUCAUUUACCAAGAGAAGCUGUUGAGUCUCAAACCAGAAUUCAAUUCUCGAAACAAUCUAAAAGAUGGUGAGAGACAGAGGUAACAGAAAGGGUUCCUCUGUGACACAUUUUUGAUUCUGUCUGUUUCUUAGAGUAAAAGUCUUUAUGGAUUCAGAGAGACCACCCUACAAAAACUCUUUCUGUGAAGAGUUGACAUGUGCAUCAUCUCGCCUUUUUACUGUUUUAUAACCUAAUGCUUUAAGUUAUGCAAUAUUCUCUAUCCAGUGUUUCUUUGGAAUAUUUUUUUUCCCCACGACAGCUUGGACCGUAUUUCUCAAAGUCGAACUAGUUUUAAUGAAAUGUGUCUUUUGUUGUGCUGACAUGUGUACGUUACGAGUGACAAUCAUUAGUGGCACAUACUUUAGAUUGUGUGAAGGUUUUUGCAGUGGUUGUCAAUGAUUGUACGGGAAACAAUGAAUAAAAUGACAUUUAAUUUAUGAUUAACGAGAACAUGCACCUGCAAAGCAGCACUUCUAAAGCUAUAUGACAUGGUACUGUGUGGUCAAUUUGGUUAAGUUAUGUGAGCAGACUUCCUUCUGCUAGUUUUUGCGAGCUGCCUCCAAACUAAUGUACAUGGUAAAUAACACGCACAUACUGUGUCGUCUUGUUUAACUCCCAACUGGUUGUUUUGGCACAGCCAUUACAGUACGUUUGGUUGGUUAGGUUUUUCAUAUCGUUUUCUAUUAACAUAAUAAAUGAUGUCGCAGGGCUGCACAAUAUAUUUAAAAUGCAAUGUUUUGUAAUAUUAAGUGUACGUGCGUG